GGGGCUGGGUUUAGUGGGGUGGGCGUGAUCAUCGAGGUGGGGCUUGGGGGCCGGGUCUAAAGGGACCUGGGGGUAGAGCUGGAAAGGCGGAUAGUUUGGGGGGCCUGGGCCUGGGUCUGUCGGAACCCUAUGUAGCGGGGUUCCGAGGCGGCGGCGGCAUCAGUCCACGCCCUGCCCGACAAUCUCAUCUUGUCCCCUCUCGCCCCUCGUGCCCCCUAGCCCUAGACUCCAUACCCUGUUCCCUGAGCUCUGCCCUCGGAUGUCCGACCUCCCAGAGCCUGCAUGCGCCGUGGGGCGCCCCAGGACCAGGAGCUGGUGGGGCCGGGGGCCCCUGGACGGGGGUCCCGGGGUGCCCCUCCUCCCUCCGGACCCGUUGUCCCCGUCCUCGUCUUUCCCCCGGAUCUAGUAUUCAGGGCGGACCAGCGGAGUGGACCCCGACAGCUGCUGACCCUCUAUAACCCUACAGGAACUGCGCUUCGCUUCCGAGUCCUGUGCACAGCACCUGCCAAAUACACGGUGUUUGACGCAGAAGGAUAUGUGAAGCCUCAGUCCUGCAUUGACAUUGUGAUUCGCCACGUGGCCCCCAUUCCCAGCCACUAUGAUGUCCAGGACCGCUUUCGCAUUGAGCUGUCUGAGGAGGGAGCUGCAGGCCGUGUGGUGGGACGCAAAGACAUCACCUCUGUUCUGAGAGCCCCAGCAUCCCCCCUUGAGCUUCAGGGACAGCCUGACCCAACGCCCCACCCAGGACCUCCUGCCUGGUCAGCACCACCCACGGCCAGACACUCCCAGGAGAACCCCCGCCCACAACUGGCCACCAGCUCCUUCCUCCUCUUCUUGCUGACGGGCGUAGUCUCUGUGGCCUUCCUGCUGCUCCCACUGCAGGACGAACUCGGCAGCCAGCUGCCUCAAGUCCUACACGUCUCCCUGGGACAAAAGUUGGUGGCAGCCUAUGUCUUGGGCCUCCUCACCAUGGUGUUCCUCCGGACCUGAGUUCCCUGCCCCACCCCUGCUGCACACUCCCUGGGCAGGGACUUGAGGCAGCCACUGUGAUGCUCAUACCUUGCCUCAACUCCUACUCUCUUCUUCUCCUCCCAGCCUACCCCCCCACCACCGCCACCCCCCAAAAUACGCAGGGAUUUGUACUCAUUUUCCAAGUUGAAUAAAAUAAAUUUUUAAAAUUAAAA